GAAAGAAAAAGACCUCAAUUGCAAAAAAAACGCAAAUCCUAGAAGGCAAGGAAAUUGAAGGAUCGAGCAAAACCAGCAAAGGCCAACUCCAUUGAGAUCCGGCUAUCCACUCAAACUCUUUGGGAAUCUAAAAGAAAGUCUGGUGAAAUCUUCUUCUGCUUCUGUCGUCGUUCGAAUUUCAUGCUGAUUCAUUUCGGACAACCUCUUGAUGGGUCGUUGGAGCGGAAUUUUAAAGGUUCCACUGCAUCCCAAGAGCCAGAAGUUUUAUCGAGUUGGAGCAUCAAUCUGCCUUUCCCCAAAUUCCAAAACAUUGACUGUUCCUUCCGCAAAUGUCAUCUUCUUCAAUGGAGAUCGGGUUGAAGGGACAGGUAAUCCAGUGAUCGAGAGACUGUCUGAUCUACAGAAAAUAGCUGAAAUUUUAGUUUCGAAAUUCGGAGACUCCACUAAUGCAUGGGUUGUCGAGGCUUCUGAUUUCAAUGGGACCUUUGCUGUGUAUAAAGACUUUAUACCUUAUCUGAAUCGAUGGGGAGAACCAAAAUCAUAUAUUCCAAAUGGGUUUCCUGCUUCAGUGUCAACCGUUUCACUUUUGGGAAGUUGCUACAAUGAGGUAAAGAAGAUGAUUUCCAGGGGAAAACAAGGUUCACAGUCGAGCACCAUAUCCACACUGUGCUGCAGUCUACCCAAAACAAUCAUUCUUGGAUUCAGCAAGGGAGGUACUGUAGUUAACCAACUAGUUGCUGAACUUGGCUCGUCAGAAUUCAUGGCUGUUGACAAUCUUCCUCAUUCUAAGCAAUCAGCCGGUGUUGAAUGUUCUAACCUCGAAGGGAUUCAGUUCAUACCUACUACAGAACGUGGCUUUUUGAAAAGCAUGACAGAGAUUCAUUAUGUGGAUGUUGGAUUGAACACCCAUGGUGCAUACCUCACAGACCACGAGGUGAUUAAAAGAAUCUCCAGUAGCCUUGUUCAGGAUCAGGAGUCGAGAGGAGUCCGUUUCAUUCUUCACGGUACUCCUAGGCAAUGGUGUGACAGCAGAAGAGUUUGGAUACGCCAUGAGAAGGAAAAAAUGUUAAGUUUGCUUGAAUCAGAAGCUCGGAGAAGUGGGGGAAAGUUGCAGGUUUGUGAGAAAUUUUGUUUUGCUGAUAGCCCUCCAAACAUGCAGAUGCAUUUUGAAAUAAUCGAAAAGUUGGAGGUUUGCUGAUCGAUCUGUCAUCAGGUCUCUGAAAAUCAAGAGUUUUGGAGACGAUCAUGUAGAUAAUCAACAAAAUUUUGCUGGAGCGGAAGCCUUUAAAUGUAAUAUGUUCCUUCUUAAAAUGAAGAAUAGUUGCGAGAACGUUUCUCUGAACCAUCGAUGUAGAGAACAUGUUUUGCACUUAAGCUUCAUUGUUGUGCUCUUUGUACUAUGGUUCUAGAAGAUAUAUUCAGUGAGAUGAGAAUAGAAAACUGAAUUGUAAAUAGACGAGGUCCAGUUACUGAAGUAACUUCUGCCAUUAUUUGUUAAAUGUAAUGACUACAUAUUUCUUCUUUGA